UUAAAGUUAUUGCUUUUUAUAAUGUCUUCACCAGCAGAAUAAAAGUAACUGAUUGCCAAGCUAACGGCGCAAGGAUAGGCCUAACAGGCAGUCUGUGGUUGUUAGGUCUUACGGUGGAACACUUCCGGUGUUUUGACAGAGCUGUCAAACCACACGUGAAAUUUGGUUGUAUUGGAUUAUUUUCGCAGACUCUUUAUAAUAAUGGAUGUUUCUCUGGUGCUGGAGUGUUUACAUGCAGCCAGUAGUAGAGAAGACAAAGUGAAGGCCCUUAGUAGUAUACUUGAUGUUUUCACAGACUCCAAAAAUGAGGACAUUACAGAUGAGAUUGCUGAGAGUUUUACAAAGAAAGGCUUGCUGGAUGAUUUACUGAAUCUAGCUCAGGAUGAAGACAGUGUUACUAGAGUUUCUCAACUUCUUGCAGAAAUAGCAAAAACAGAAUCAGUGAGAGAACCUUGUGUGGAGAAGGGCUUUGUUCCUAUAUUUCUUAAAGUACUGGAAAGACAAGAUAAUAUAGAGAGUAUGAUACAGGCAUGCCGUGCCCUUGGAAACAUGUGCUUUGACAAUGACAUUGGUCGAAGGAUAGUGGAUGAUAAUGAUGGUAUAUGCAUACUGCUACGGCUAUUACGGUCUCUUUUAUCUAACACCAAGUGUGAAGCAGACAGGCUGAGGACAAUUGCAUGUGGCUUCCUUCUCAAUCUUACCAAUAGCAAUGAGACGCUCCAGAAGAAAACUGUUGAGGGAGAUGCAUUAGAUGUGAUUGCCAAAUACUUACAGCAGUACCAAACUGAAGAUGGUUUAUGUAAUAUGGUGCUGGUCACAAUUGCUAGUCUCACAGACUCCGAACUAUGUAAGGAGAAAUUACUGUCAUCAAAUCUUUGUCAAGCUUUGGUGGACUUUCUGGGAACACCAAGUGGAGAGGAACAGUAUGAGACAGUUCUUGAUAUACUCAUAGCUUUAUCUGAGUGGGAUGAAGUCAAAGAUUUACUAGCUCACACAGAUCUAUGUAAACACCUGAUUAAAAUGGCUCAAAUUAAUCUUGACGAGAAUGCUGAAUACAGCGAAGAAAGUCAACAGAAAGUGAAGAUGGCUUCAGAUCUCCUUAUAUUGCUACUAACUGGAGAAAAGAGUAUGGAGAUACUGUUUGAUGAUGGUAAAGGAGAAAUAUUCUCGGAGUCUCUGAAGUGGUUAGAGAGUAACAAGGAACAUUUACAACUUUCUGGUGCCCUAGCUGUUGGCAACUUUGCAAGAAGUGAUGAGCAUUGCCGGUUCCUGGUUGAGCAAGGUGUAAUUAAAAGAUUAUUACAUCUGCUGAAACCUGUGUAUGGGGAACAGAAAUGUACUUUAGAACAUGCUAGUCUUAGUGCUCUCAGAAAUCUAGCAAUACCAGCAACCAAUAAAGCUUCACUGAUAAACGAAGGAGUUCUCGAUGCUGUGCUGGUUCUUGUUGACUCUGAAAUGUUGGCUGUUAUAUUCAAAAUGUUAGGGGUGUUACGAAUGCUUGUUGAUGGUCAAGAAGAAGCUGCAGUGAAAUUAGGUCAGCAUCGUGAGUUUGUUACCAGACUGGUCGAAUGGAGUGCUUGUGAAGAGCACCCGGGUGUAAAAGGAGAGGCCACAAGACUAAUGGCUUGGUUGGUAAAGAACAGUCGUACAGAGGAUGUGAUGCGUAACAUUAUAAGGGCUGAUGGGACACCACAUCUGGUUGCUAUGGCAACAUCAGAGCAUGUUGUCAUGCAGAAUGAAUCCCUUGUGGCUUUAACUUUAAUAGCUUCUACUGUACUAGCUGAUGCAGCAUUGCCAUUGAAGGAAGCAGAUCUAUUGGAGACGGUACUCCAGUUGUUGAAAGGUGACCAGACACUGGCCGAGAUCAAGUGCAAUACACUAACCCUCACUAAAACAAUCUGUACUGCAGAGUCACUACGAGAAGAUUUACUAAGCUCAAGUAUUCCUGACGUUAUACGCCAGCUAACUGAACAUGAUGACUAUAAAGUUAAGGAAGCUGCCAAAUCUGUGAUAACACUACUAGAAGAUACCCAACCAGUAGAUAGGUGAUCUACCACACAAAUGUAAUGGAACAAUCCAGGCAAAAGUAUGGUACAAUCCAUAGGAUAAUUCUCAACUGCAAAGAAGAAAAUAACUACCUUUUUCUUGUUUAUUGUUGUUUUAAAAGAGAAUUUGCUCAUUUAAAAGCAAUGGCAACAGGCAGAUUUUGCGUUAGUGUUGGAGCAUUUCAGUUUUUUCUAUGUUAAGAUGUUAAGAGAUAUUUUUUAUGGAGUUCCUUCAAGAAAAAUGUUAGAUAUGAUUAUAACAUUUAGUGAUAGUUGAAAACGCUGUAUGUUGUUAACUAUGUGGGGAAACAAUUUAUUUACUUGUAUUUGUGAGUCAUGGGAAUAAGUUUCAAGACAGACUUUAAUCUUAUAAAAUAUUUGUUUCAUUUUAAACAGAGGUGGAUCCAGAAAUUUAGGUAAGACAUGGCAGGUUUUCCAGGUAGGUCCAAGGGUCUGAUCUAGAGAUAACUGUAGGUACACAGCUUGUCAGAUGGUGUGCUCGGACAUAUGUUAGCACUAGUAUUUUGAUUGGCCUCUGUGCUGUACCAGUGUUGGCUUUUUAUUUACAUUUAUUCAAAUAAAAAAGCCACAGCAGCUAAAGUAACAUGGUCACUUUUCCCAAUAUGUUUGACGUUCAGCCUCUCAUUGUCAACAGUCAGGAUCCCCAAUGGUCAGUAAUAUGUAUAUAACGAAUAUUUUGAAAGUCAUCUUGUCCAAAACCUCUUGUUUGAUUUCAGAGUAAUUUGAUUUCAGAAAAAUUUCUCACAAAUCAUUCAUGGGGUCCUCCUCUGCCAUGUUAAUACAAAUGUAUCCCCCCACUCCCACAAGUAAAAAAAACUGUCACAAGAUAUAAUAACUUGUUUUAUAAACAUUUGAAUAAGUUACAUUCCAUUGUCCAAGUCACAGUACUAACAGUUAUAUUGCAACAGGAAGAGAGCCUGAAAAAUCUUCCAAAUUGACAUCUUUAGAGUCAAGCAAAAUGCAUACUUUUUGGAUUUUAGGUAGGGCACAUGCCAGUUAGUCUGCAUCUGUGUCCACCUCUAAAUCUAAAUUCUUGGAUACUCAUUUAACCUAAUUAUGGACCAGUCUGUAUAUUAACAUUCCAGAUAUAUAUAUAAUUGUUAUAGCUAUCAAUAUAUACUGUAAGCUUUGCUGGGAGAAAUCUCAAAAAUUUCAUCUAAAACAUAUAACUUUUGCUAUGGUUGUAAAAUGCAGCUUACUGUAUGGAUACAGACAGUAUUACACUAUCUAGAAAUAUGUUAGAAUUAUCUCCCUUAAAGUAUUUUAUUUUUAGCUCACCUGUCACGAAGUGACAAGGUGAGCUUUUGUGAUCGCGCGGUGUCCGUCGUCCUGCGUCCAUCCGUCCGUCCGAUCGUAAACUUUUCCUUGUGACAUCUCUAGAGGUCACAUUUUUCAUGGGAUCUUUAUGAAAAUGGGUCAGAAUGUUCAUCUUGGUAAAUUCUAGGUCAAGUUCGAAACUGGGUCACCUGCCAUCAAAAACUAGGUCAGUAAGUCUAAAAAUAGAAAAACAUUGUGAUCUCUCUAGAGGCCAUAAUUUUCAAUGGAUCUUCAUGAAAAUUGGUCAGAAUGUUCACCUUGAUGAUAUCUAGGUCAAAUUCGAAACUGGGUCACGUGCGGUCAAAAACUAGGUCAGUAGGUCAAAAAUAGGAAAACCUUGUGACCUCUCUAGAGGCCAUAUAUUUCACAAAAUCUUCAUGAAAAUUGGUCAGAAUGUUCACUUUGAUGAUAUCAGGUCAAGUUCGAAACUGGGUCACGUGCGGUCAAAAACUAGGUCAGUAGGUCUAAAAAUAGAAAAACCUUGUGACCUUUCUAGAGGCCAUAUAUUUCACAAGAUCUUCAUGAAAAUUGGUCAGAACGUUCACCUUGAUGAUAUCUAGGUCAAGUUCGAUGAUAUCUAGGUCAAGUUCGAAACUGGGUCACGUGCCAUCAAAAACUAGGUCAGUAGGUCAAAUAAUAGAAAAACCUUGUGACCUCUCUAAAGGCCAUAUUUUUCAUGGGAUCUGUAUGAAA